AUGGUUCCUCACCCGUGCCUGCUCGCCGCGAAGGACGGGGACCUAGAAACGCUGAAGAACCUGGACGCCCGCGGCCGACUGAACGGGAACAUCGAGGAUCACCUGGGCGCCUCCCCGGUCCAUCACGCCGCCAGGGCCGGCCGACUGGACUGCUUGAAGUUCCUCAUCACCCAGGCGAAGUUGUCAGCGAACAAGAGGGCCAAGAAUGGAGCAACUCCCACCCACGACGCUGCUGCCACCGGGAACUUAGAGGCUCUGCAGUGGCUGACCAGUGCUGGUGGCUGUGAUAUUCAGGUCCGGGAUGACCAUGGUGCAAAUGUUCUGCACCUAGCGGCUCGCUUUAGCCGGUCAGAAGUGGUGCUGUGGCUGCUGCGGGCAGGCUGCGAUCCCAUGUUGGAGACGGACAGUGGGGCAGUGCCAGCACACUAUGCGGCCGCUAAGGGAGACUUUGCAAGCUUGAAAAUGCUUAUCACACAGGCCCCAAGGGCUCUGAAUAAGCAGACUCAAAGCGGUGCGACGCCCCUCUACCUGGCCUGUCAGGAGGGGCACCUUCACAUCGUUCAAUUCCUCAUCAAAGACUGCAAAGCCAACUUCAACCUACGGACGCACGAUGGGAUGACAGUCCUGCACGCCGCGGCUCAGAUGGGACAUAGCGCCGUGGUGCUGUGGCUGAGAUCGUUCACCGACACUGAUAUCUCUGCACGGGAUGACGAGGGAGCAACUGCGAUGCAUUUUGCUGCCAGUAGAGGGCAUGGCAAGGUCCUGGAGCAAUUAAUAAAGAUGGGAGCCAGGAUGCUAAAAGAUAACUGGGGUGGCACACCUCUGCACGAUGCUGCGGAGAAUGGAGAGCUGGAGUGCUGUCGAAUCCUUGUCAAGAAUCAUGUAGACAUCACCAUUCAAGAUGAUGAUGGUUAUACUGCCGCAGAGCUGGCAGACUACAAUGGAAACGUGGAGUGUGCCUUGUACUUGCGGAAUGUUGAGAAGAUGCUCCCACUGGAGGACCCUCCUGUUUCUAAGCAAAGGCAAGACUCGGUUCGGAGAUCAGAAAGUGCUGUGAAACAGCAAAAUAGAGGUGACUACUACCAGUCAAUAAGCGAGGGCUGCGGAGAGUCACGCGACUUUCAGCGAGGAAUGGAGGAUGGCAAGAGUGAAAACUUAAAGCACAAUGAGGAGUCAAACAAGAAAGCACUGGUCCCACUCCCUGUGGAGGAGGUCCCUUCCACCGAUGUGGACUUGCUGGUGCCCACGCAUGAUGAGAAAGGGCGUCCCAUACCAGAGUGGAAGCGGCAGGUCAUGGUCCGGAAGCUACAGGCACGGCUGCAGGAUGAACAGGAACAACGGAGAGAGCAUAAAGAAAGAGGUUACCUGCAAACAGAGAUAUGGAGGUAUUCCCAAGAACACAAUGCUAUUCUGGGCCCAUUUGGAGAGCUUCUGACUGAGGAGGACCUCAUCUACUUGGAGAAGCAGAUAGAAAAUGUCCAGGUGAUGAAGAAAUGCAAGGAAUAUGAAGGUGAGCUGAACCGUUUGGCAGUUCAGCUGCGAACUAUUCUCCCUGCUCCCAUAGUCAGCAUCACUGUCAAUACUCAGCUUCUGCAACAGGAUUCAGGCAGGGAAGAGAACACACCCUUGCCUGUUUGGUGCAACAGGAUAUCUGGGAUUGUGAGGACUAUGUCACUCCUCUUGUCAAACGUAAAUGAAAAAGAUCGCACGGAUUGUGAAAGCAAGGAAAUUACUAAAAUACCAAAUGUGGAAUUGGCAGCUGUCUUCACUCCGAGGCUCGACCAAACAUCUUCAAGGAAGAGCAGGAACAAAGUAGAGAAAGAGAUCCAGCAGUUUGGCGUGUCAGUACGCACGCUUAGGGCCAAGUUUGAAAAACAAUGUGUGCUGAAAGAUAGAACACUGGCCUGCACCAACCAGGAUGAUAUUUCAGAAGAGAAGUAUUAUAACGAGUCUUAUCCCAAAGGACCUCAACAUAGAGAUGAAGCUCAAAAUGUCGAAAGAGUUUGUCCUGGUACCACCACUUGUAAAGAUGAAUCUUUGCAAAAAGACAUUACUGGACUUCAAAAGAGUGAGUUGAGUGAAGGACUAAUGCAUGAGGUCCAACAGUCAGUUAGGAUGGGGGACACAACUGGACUGGGAACUAGCUCAAAGGACGAUGCGGAGGAAGAGCAGACUCCUCGUUCCCCCGUGACCGAGUCAACCAGUUUGAGGAAAGAAAGAAUAGUUGUGCUAUUCCUAGGCCACUGGAAAAAGUCAACUUACACCAUGUCUUUGAAAAUGAAGCUGAAAAAUUUGUGUACAUCUGCAGUAGAAAAUAACAAUGAGCCACCAAAAGAUGGAGAGAUGACUGAAGCAGAGAAGGAUGGUGGAAAGCCAGAGCUGAAAACAUAUCUUGAACCCCAGUCCAACAAGUCCAUUCCAAAUGAAAAGCUUAGACAUCUGUUCUUACAGCAAAAGACCAUCACCAAACUCAUUGGCAACUGGAGAAACAUCAUUUCCCAUGUUCCAUCCAGACAGAUUAGGCGAUUAAAUCGACAGAAGAUCACCUACUCACCUGAGCAGUUUCUUCCUCGCGUCAACGGUGUCCCUGCUGACUAUGAUAGUCUGACCCUUGAUCUUUUCAUGUUGGGCUACUUUCACAUCCUUGAACUUGACCUGCCUCCAGAUGAAAGGAAAAUGAGGCAUCUUUUAUGCUUUGAGGUGUUUGACCAUCUGGGGAAAUUCAGCUGGGACCUGGUCCGUUCCUUCCACAAGGCUGUCAUUGAGGAGAUUGAUGCUGGCAAAAGGGAAUGGAAGAAUGGAUUUGAAGACAUUAAGCAAAGAUUCUUCAGCGACCCUGAAAAAAUGGUAGCUGAGCCCACACAGUCCGAGCCGUCUAUAAGAACGGUGCCUAAAGUCAUUGUGCAAAGUGCCACCCCUGAAGAAGAUGAAAUACCCCCAGGCCACGGCUACUCCUCUGACCUCGGAGCCUUUAGCAAUGAUGAAAUCUGCAAGUAUAUUGACAGAAGCUUUGCCUUCUGGAAGGACAAGGAAGCAGAAAUUUUUGAUUUUGAGGAAUAG